UCCAAUCUCCAAACGGCCAAACCCUCUGCAAUCUGCAGUCAGCCAGUCUCGUCGGUCGUCGCCAUGGUCGCCGUCGCCGCCGCCGGCGAGGCGACCCCGCCCCCGGAACUCCCACCCUCCCGCGUGUCCGUCUCCUCGCCCUCUCCCUACUCCCGCCGCCGCUGCGCCCUCGCGAGCCGCUUCCGGGAGCCGGCGGCCCCGCGGCGGCACGCGUGGGUCUCCCUCCAAGGCCGCCUCGUCGGGGCGGAGGAGGCGUCGUCUGCCGCUUCGGCCGCACCGGGCCUUCCCCCGGACGAGGCGGUAGCGUGGGAGCUCUUCAGCCCACUCCACCGCGUUCUUCUCGUCGCUACCGUCGCUGCCGCAUCCUCCCGCUCCCACGCCGCCCGCCGCAUCGAGCAGCUACAACGAUCGAUUAAUCUUAGGGAUGAGGUGCUGGAAGGCAUGCAGCAGAAGCUGGAUGAUCUGCUCGUCGAGAUGAACUGCUUGCAACAGCACGUUAAGUGUGACAGUUACAUUUCCACCGAAAGGGAGAAGGAUGAGAUUGCAGGCAGCAAGAAGAUAGGAGAUGAAGAGGAAUCUGGAUGCUGUAUGUGCGUGAGGCCAGAUGCUGCUGCCACUCCUCAGAAGGCAAAGGAUCUCUGUGGAAUGGAUGAUGCUAGGAGUGAUGUGGUUGGUAGGCCUAGUCUUUCUUUCGUGGAUCAUGAAGAGCGCCGUAUGUCAGACCUCUCAGACUUCUGCUGGAGUGUUGCAUCAUCAGUUGAUAACCACAUAAAUGGGGAUAAUCAGCUAAGUUUCCUGGCAGCAGAUCAACAACUGUACAAUCUUCAGAAGGAAUGUGAAGAGAAGGAUGCAACCAUCAAGGAACUAGCUGCAGCUGCACAUGCAUCUAGUACUGCUGAUGCCAAGAGAAUUGCAGAGUUGCAGGAUGUUCUUAAAAGGAAAAACAUGGUUAUCUCUAAAUUGAAGAAAGAUAUGGCUGCUCUGAAGCAGAUGGUUGUUGAAUUAUCAAGGGCUAAGAGAGCAUCUUCUGCCAUAAGUCCAAUCUGCACUGAUUUGCCAGUGAUGUCAAACAAUGUUCUGUAUGAUAUGAGCAGUUCUAGCCCAUCAUCAUCAGAUUCUGAAUCUCCUGUUACACCAAGAUACCUUGAUGAGCGUCUUGUUGAUAGCGUUCCAGGAGAUGACGAUUCCAAGGAGUCUAUAGCAAAAACAUCUCUUCCAUCAAAAAAGCCGUUCCCUCACAAGCUGCGCUCAACUAGCCCUUUGAAAGAGAUCCGGAUUAAUCCAAAAGCUGAAACAAAUGCAUUUGGUGGACAGAAGCAACCUACAUCCUCUAUUGGAGAUUUUAAAAAGAUUAGACGACAAAGCCAGCAAGAUUCAAGGAAUAAAGCUACAAGGAGAUGGGUGUAGAGUUUAGCCAUCAAGAAGUCAUUACUUGAUAGGUUGGAAGAGAUGGAGCUGAUAGAUGUUAUCGAUCUUGAUCGAUGAACUGUCCGAAUGAUGCUUCCUGGCUUCUGGCUCUUUCUGGUAAAACAGCAUGGCUGUAGGCUGUUACAUACUUCAUUAGUCUUUAAGUUAUGUCUGUCAUGACUCAUGAGAUGGACCAUGUCGUGGUACCUAGCUUCAUCGUUGGUAUCUUCUCCGUUGUAUAGUAUGUCAUUUGGAUCUGAACAGUCAGCGUCUCCCCUCCCUUGAAUCUAUCGGUUAUAUUUAAUCAGUGGACUAAUUUAUCCGGUGGAAUCUCGGAGUUCAUACUUCUGAAAUAGUUAAGCAUUCCUUUCGUUUA